AUGUGCAUAACAUCGCAACUCAGCUUCGCCCUCUGCGGGUGCAUCUACCCGCUCCCACCGCGCCAUUGCUUCCACGCCGGCGGCGGCCGCUACUGCGAGCGCGUCGUCAUGGAGCCUGUGCUUGUUGUUAGGGAUGGGCUGUGUCCUGGGUGCGAGGAGGAGUGGGUUAGGGGGCUGGAGGGGGGUGUGGGGACGGGGACGGAGAAGGGUAGGGGUGAGGGUAAGGGGAAGGGUGAGGGUAAGAGUGGGAGUGCGGGUGUGGGGACUAGGGCAGUGGCAUUGGAGGCGGGGGCGGUAGUAGCGGAGAGGUUUAAUAGCGGGGGCAUGGGCGUAGAAGAGCAAGAGCGCGAGGUCAGCAGCGAGCCGACAGCGGGGGCCGAGGCGCUCGACCUAAAAGAAGAGGUUAAAGAGGCGCUGAAAUCCCAGCUGCGUAGGAUAUGCAAGGAAGCUUCGGGGGACUCGUCUGCACCAGCUGAAGAGGUGACGCUUCGGCGGCGAGGGGAAGCGCGCGCUAGUGGUAGCGGUGGAGGAGGUGGGCUUCUGGAUGCGAGGGCGCGGGCGUUCGUGCCUGGGGGGUUGCGGCUUCAGCGGAGGGCAAGGGCUGCGCCGCACUCAUUGAGUGCGCUUGUCGAGGAGAGCCAGGAAGACUCGGCCUUGCCGCCCUCGGAGCUGGAUCUGGAUAGGGCUGUUAUCAGACGGCCGACGGCGCAUAUGAAGCACCGGACGGGGACGGGGGACGCGGUCGAAGCAGGCGGGGAAAUAUGA